CAUAACCUUUUAAUGUCAUGCUGAUCAAGAAUCCAUUGAUACUUUCUACUUUCCACAUAUUCAGCCAUUUCUUUUGUCUUGUUUGGCUUUGCUGAUUGAUUCAGUAAUAUAUAUAUCUUCUUGUUAUAAUCUAAUUUCCUCUAGACAAAACCAAAGUUUUAUGAGUCAUAACCAUCUCUAAGGAAACAAUGUCACACUAUGCUGAAACUACAUAUGGAAGGAGGAGCAAAGAUGUUGAUGAAGCUUGCAGAAUUUGCCAACCGAAACAGAGUGACAUCACCGGUAAAAUCAUCAUUUUCACCCUUGCUGGACUUUGCAUUCUGCUCUUCAUCUUCAUCAUCGUCGGUUUCUCUUUCAUAGCCAAGCCACUGAAAGCAAGCUUGACAUCUGUUGCUGUAAGAAGCCUCAGCUACAACAAAGAUACAUCAUCAUCGCUUUACUUCAACUCAACACUGGCUAUGGAAAUCAGAAUUGAGAAUCCUAAUCUCGGGUUCUUUGAGUUUCCCACUAGUAAAGGAGAUGUCUUGUACAACGGCCAAGUUGUUGGUGAAAUGAGGAUUAGUGGACAACGAGUGGCUUCUUUUGGUUCCAUAGGAACAGAGGUUAGGACAGAAGUGGGAUACAAAGGGAAUCAAAGAUCACCUAUUUGGUUGAAGAAUGAUAUAGAGAGAAGGCUAAUAAUCCUUAACACCAGAGCUAAACUGAGAGGUGAAAUACACUUGAAGGCUUUGAACAAGAGAACAGUGAGUUUGAAUUGUCUAAUGCAUCUUAAUCUGAAAGAUGAGGUGAUUCAUCGUUUGUGGUGUAAAUGAUACACUCUUAGGUUGUUUCCAUACGCCUUUUUGCGUAACCAAUUUUUUAUUUUAGCUUAUACAUAUUAGCACAUUUAUAAGUGACUAUUGGAUAACUUAGUCUUCUUUAUCAUAAAAUUUGAUAUUAAAAUAUCAUAUGUUUAUAUUUUAUACUCUUUAAUAAGAGCCAAACUAAACCUCGAUUUAUGAUUAUGUCCUAUACAUUUUCCAUGGUGGGAGAUAAUAAAAAAAAACAAUUGAGAUGCUACAAAUCUGUAGUUCUAAAAUGUCAAGUUUCGAUUUUACAACAAAGUUAUA